CUGCGCUCUCUGCCUUUGAAGAGCCUGGCUGUGCUGCCAGCAAACAUGCCUCGUACGCGUAACUUCCCGUGUGAUUGGCAUAGCUGUAAAAAGGCUUUCAACCGAAAGUCGGAUUUGUGCAGGCACUACCGAAUACAUACGAACGAACGACCUUAUAAGUGCAGUUUCCCAGAUUGUACAAAAAGCUUUAUCCAACGCUCUGCCCUGACUGUCCAUUCCCGCACCCAUACUGGAGAGAAGCCCCAUGUAUGCGACCAUGAGAGCUGCAGUAAAGCAUUUUCUGAUUCCUCGAGUCUAGCUCGUCAUAGACGAAUACAUACCGGCAGGCGACCAUAUAAGUGCUUGGAGUCUGAGUGUGGGCGAAGCUUCUGCCGAAAAACGACAUUGACCAAGCAUCAAAAUCGAUCUCAUCAGCCUGAGAUCCAUCCGCCAUCCGUUCGCACCACCCGAGAACCGUUAUAUUUGCAGCCGCCCCCUAACUUAUUACCCCCAGCGAGCAGUCACCCCGAUCCACAGCAAACCUAUCCACCUCCUCAAAUGAUUCCGCAUGGCUUCUACCCCCCUCCUAUACAACCUCCCCCUGUUCAUUCCAUACCAGUUCCUGGAGGAGAACCCGUCAUCGGAGCUGAAAUUAAUUAUACUGGUUCCGGGCUCGUAUUCAACCCCCAAGCUCAACGCUACGAAGUUCCUCCCACCCCAGUAGAAUCGGUCCUAAGAUUCUCCCCAGCUACUCCAGUGGUUCCAGAGUACGAACCUCGGCCUCCGAUAAUUUUCCACCAGGAAGUCCCUAUGGAGAAUAAACCCAUGGUUUCGCGCAUUUUUAACCCGUACCAAGACCCAAGAUCUUGGGAUUUCCUAGGCUUGGAAGGUUAAAGGUGAUUAUUAUCCAAAAAGACACUCCAUAUUUGACGGCUACCCAAAGACGAAGAUACACAAACGAUGCAAAUAUUCGACGCCCCCUACCCUACGGCCUCGUUUUGGACAUAUUCCAGCCCCUAAUUUUCAAUGCUCCGCCUUUUAAAUUUUAUUGAGGCGGGAACUCGGCUUGCCAUGAGUCCAGUUUAUAUCCUCUCUUAUGGACUUGAGGGGACUGAUGAUCCUUCCUAAACUCCCACUCUACUUUAUUCUAAUGCCAAUCGAAUGAAGAUUUAUGAUAUAGGCAACAUAUACACACACGGCAACAAGGUGAAACACUCCCUAUCCGUCCCCCGGACGCUCUCGUUUUCGGCAACUGGAGUUCUUUCUGGCUUUUCUUGGCUGGUUGUUUUCUUCUUUUUUCUUCUCCUUUGUUCUUUUCUUCUUGUUUGUAGUAAAAUUGUCUGUUCUAUUUUGUGUUGGGGCGCCAUCCUUUUUAAUAUUGAUAUCCCUUGAGUUAUUCUUUUUCACUUUCACUACUUCCUUUUUGGUUUUUUUUACCUGUCACUUUUAAUCUCGUUUAUUUUCUACUCUUUUCUUUCCCCUUUUUCUUUUCCUCUGUGAGAUCUCACAUAUCAACUAUUUCCAUCAUCUAAGUGAAAGCUUGAACGAGAAUUUAUGUUAUCUUACAUUUCCUAUCUCGAAACAUGGGGGUUAACGGAAGUAAUUACUAAAUAGUACACUUCGAUUCCAAAACAAUUGGCUGAAUGAGGUUGUAUCCACGUACUUACUCGAUGAAUAGGGUCUGCGUGAGAAAAUAAGUUACAUAAUUUAGUUUCUAGGGGUCUUGCUCUUCCGGUUUUCUUAUCUUUUCACUUCUGCUCUACGUUUUUGCCAUUGUUUUUCUUCACCCCUUUCUCCUUUUUUGCUUUUUUUCCCCCUUCUCCUUUCGUUCAUUCUUUAUUUUUAAUUUUAUUUCUUUUUUUUCCGUCGCCCUUUUCAAUGUUGUAAUUGUAUGUGGAUACCCACCACCUUAGCUAGAUAUGUAAACAUUUCUUUUGCACUCCUGAACUGUCAAC